GCUUGGAGAUAGAGCUCAAGGUGGACUUCGAGCGCCAGCUGUUCUCCGGCAGGUGCAAGCUGCUUGUGGAGAAGCUGAAUAGCAAGGUGAGCCAUGUCUUGCUGGAUGUCUUGGAGCUAAACAUACACAGCAUCACCGACGCGGAUGGUGAGCCAGUCAAGUGGGAGCUAAUAACACCUGAAGGAGCCAGGGCCAACUUUGGCAAGGCUUUAUUGGUCACUCUGCCUCGGGGCAAGGGGCCAUUCCAAGUCAAUGUGACCUAUGAGACAACAGAGAAGAGCACUGCCAUCCAAUGGUUAACUAAAGAGCAGACAACUGGCAAGAGGCAGCCACUUUGCUUUACGCAAAGCCAGGCAAUCUGUGGGAGAUCCCUGCUUCCUUGCCAGGACACUCCAUCAGUAAAGGCUCCCUUCUCAAUUCAGGUGACGGUUCCCCAGCCGCUCAUGGCAGUUGCCUCCGGGGAGCCUUCUGGGGAGCCGACAGAAGCAGAUGGUCUACGCACUUUUACCUACGCUCAGGAAGUCCCUGUGAUGUCCUACCUCAUUGCUGUGGUGGUGGGCGAGUUCGAGUCGCGUGAAAUUGGCCGUAGAAGUCGCUGCUACGCUGAGCCAGAGGUUGUAGAGGCAGCCCGCAAGGAGUUUACCGACAUAGUGGAUGAGUUCUUAGACACUGCGCAGAAGAUUGUGGGUGGUGCAAAAUAUGAGUGGGGCAGCUAUAACGUGGCCGUCUUGCCUUCGUCCUUUGCCUACGGAGGUAUGGAGAACCCAAACUGUACCUUCAUGAGUGCUUCCCUGAUUCCUGGUGACCGCAGCCUCACGCCAACCCUGGCCCAUGAAAUUGUCCACUCCUGGAUUGGAAAUCUCGUGACCAAUGCAUACUGGAAAGACUUUUGGCUUAAUGAAGGCUUCACCCGCUACAUUGAGAGGCGGAUACUGGGCAACAUUAACGGAGCUGCCUUUCGCGGCCUGCUCCUGAUGGUCGGGUACAACGAUCUGGUUAAGACUGUGGAUAUGUUGAACAAACAGGGAAGCCCUGGCCUGACCCGACUGGAGCCGGACAUUGAUGACAUUGAUCCGGAUGAUGCCUUCUCCCGAGUUCCCUAUGAGAAAGGUUCCCUCUUCCUGUUGUACUUGGAGCAGGUUGUGGGCGGAGAAGAGCAGAUGACUAAGUACUUGGGUUCUUACGUGGAGCGAUUUCGGGGACGCAGCAUCCAAACCAGCGACAUGAAGGCCCACUUCCUGGAGUUCUUUAAGGGAGUGGAGAAGGUAAAAGAGAUUGACUGGGAGCACUGGCUGCAUGGUGAAGGCUUGCCAGACUUUGAUCUUACUGCCCAUGUGGACAAGACAUUACUGGAGGAGAGCCGCUCGGCAGCUGACCGCUGGCUGACCGAACUUCCCGAAGAUCUCGCCAUCACGUCUAUGAAAGCCCAACAGGUGAUGCUGGUGCUGGAUCAUUUGAUCAAUGCCCUGGCCGAUGGCAAGGAACUCUCCCACAACAAGCUGGCUGCUAUGAACAGACUCUACAACCUCUCUGGCACUCGAAAUGUGGAGAUCGGCUUCAGGUGGUGCCUGCUCGGAUGCCGCAGCAAAUGGACCGGCUGCUUAGAGGCCACGGAGCAGUUCCUCGCAAAGCAUGGCCGAGGCGUAUAUGUGAAGCCGUUAUACAUCGCCCUCAAGGCAUUUGAUGCGGCAAGGGCCAAAGCCGUCUUUCUGAACAAUCGCAACUUUUACAUGUCAGUCAUCUCGAGACAGAUCAGCUCCAUCCUGGGUGAGUAG